UCUGACGGACCCAAUCUUAAGCAACACCCUUUGAGUUGAACCGUCGUGUUUUGUAUUUUUGGUAAACUAAAGUAAAACGUUUCCAAAAACAUGUAUCGCUGAGCAUGUUUGAGUUGAAGAGGUGUCGAGUGAAAUAAUUACCGGAGCAGGUAGCGUUAGGGUUAUUUCAACUCAAAACCUGUGAAACUGGACAAAAGCAUGACCGAGCGAGGGCCGCUGGUUAUAGAUAUUGAAGCAAAAUCUAAGAACUCCACAUCUGUCAAAGAAAGAGCAGAGAAGCCUCUCUGGACUCGCAGUGACAACUCCUUCAGAUUUAAUUUCCACACUGACAGCGUUCCUCUUUCCCAGGAGGAAACAUUUCCAUCAGAUAGGAUAAGGGAAACAACAAGCCGGAUAUCCUUCACAGGCCAGAGCUCUGCUUUUGCUUUCAAUUUUCACAUCCCUCCUGGCACUCAAGUAGAGGACAUGGAUACAACAAAGAUCACAGACUGUUCUUCCAAGUUUGUCCAAGAGAAAAAGCCUUCCCUUGUGCAAGAGGCUGCCACUCCAACUGACUUGUCAGUGCAAUCCAAAGCAAAGAAGAAAUCGAAGAAGAAACCUGGGACACAGAAGCCUUCUGGUGUUCAAUCACAGCAGAAGUCACCUGAGGAGAAACAGGGAGGUGAAGAGCUGAGUGCAGAAGAGCAGCUGAAUAGGCAGCUUGACUGGUGUAUGGAGCAGCUGGAAAUCGGCAUAAAGAGCCAGAAGGGGACACCAAAACAGAAGGAGGAAGCCUCACACGCCCUGAAGACUCUGCGCAGUUCCAAAGCUCCUCUGGUCAAGAAACGGCAGGUGAUGAGAGCCAUGACGGGAGACUACAGGAAAAAAAUGGACGAAGAGCAGAAAAAACAGUUCAGACUCAUUCAGGGGGAGGUUGCAUCAGCUCAUGUCAAAGUUAAGGCAGAUUCCACGAAAAAGUCAGUUUUCCACCGAAGAACGGACAUCAAAACCAAAGUACUACCGACAGAGGAGAACCCGCAGCCCACCGAAGUUCAGGAUGAUGCAAAGCCAAUGCUACAGACUCAGGAGGAGACGUCAGCAUUCGUCUUUGUUCCAUCGAAGGAGGAGUUUAGCUUCAACUUUUUCUGAUUUCAUACGCACACUCACAUGCACACACACGCAUAGAAAAAAAAAACAGAAGUUACAGUUUUGUAUGCAAAGAGGUAUCUGGAUCGCAAUUUUAAUAAUCAUUGUUCUCUGUGUAUCAUAUUUCUGUAUUAAAAGUUUUUUUUAUUUAUUUAUUCUUACUUUUCUUUAUUUCAUGUCAGACACCUGUGUUCUCAGAGGAUACAGCAUCAAUAAGCCUCAUUCAUUAACAGCUGAUAAUGUAUGACCACAAGGGGAAAUUAUUACUUUGGGAAAUCUUUGUCAAGUGCUACAAUAUGGAAAUACAUUCCCUCACAUUUAACACUUCAGAACAAGCCUGUUUUCCAGAUUUGUUCUGUGAUGAUAUUGGGUUGUUUUAGUGUCACUGGCAAAGGUGACACUGAAAAUAUAUAUUUUCUGAAGUAGAAAAAUAGACUGACAUUUUAGAGCAACACUUUUUGCCUUCAAGACAACAACAUCACAGAGGAUGUCCAUAUGUUUUUCAACAAGAUGAUGCAAAACUGAAUUAUGAACUCUACUUUAGCAUGACGGAGGAGAAAUGGAUUAUAGUGAAGGUAUUCCAUUGGCCUGUUUGCAGCACCGAUCUAUCUCUAACAGAAAAUGUGUGGACAAUUUUGAAAUAAUGAAAUGCAAACAAAGUUGAUGCUUUAUUGUUUGAAUUGUUUGUCUUAAGACACCAGAAAUGGGACAAAAUACCAACUGAAAUGCUUUUAGUGUCCAGUGUUUUGUGAGAUGGAAUGGCAGUGUUAUGAAAGUGUAAAUGCUUUACUGUCGCAACAUUUUUAUUUUAUUGCAUC